ACUUUCUUCCCUUUUAGCAGAAUUGACUAAUCAACAUUGAAUACAAGCAGCUUGACCACAAUACCAUAGAAAUGAAAAUUAUUUUAUCAUCUGUUCGUCAUGUAAAGUAAUUCAAUUGGUCUGGUAUUUGCCUAAUCUUUUCCAGGAAAAGUUCCUUUUAACUCAAAUUGUAUUUUAUUUAAAACUCCAUGGUAGCAUAAAUUGUAGACAGUUGAUUGACUUCAUAGUUCAUAUCACAGUGCACUCAAGAAGAGGAGAGAGUCAUGUUUCCAUUUCCAAAAACAGUCAAAUUGCUUUUGCUUUAUUAUUUCCUUUUUCAUCUUCAUGAUCUUAUUCACGCCGAUGCCCCUCCCUGUCAAUUUUGUUCAAACACAACUAUUUCUAAAAAUGAUGCCCCACCCUAUCAAUUUUGUUCGAACACAACUAUUUCUACAGAUAACAAUCUAUUUCAAUCUAAUCUCGAAAAUCUUCUUCAUUCUAUGUCAUCAAAUUCUUCCGUCUCCAAUUCCUUCAACACCACCACGGGAAAUGACCAAGACAGACUUUUCGGCCUCUUUCUCUGCUACAACUUUGUAUCGAAAGAUGACUGCAAGAACUGCAUAGCAAGUGCAUCACAAGACAUCCAAAAGCUUUGCGAAAACAGUAACGAAGCGGUUGUCUGGGAGGAAAAGUGCCAGUUGCGCUACGCCAAUGAAUCAUUCUUUGGGCACUUGGAUGUGACGGGAAACAUUUGGAAAGACAACAAACAAAAUGUUUCAGGUGAUGAAUUAGGCCGGUUUAGUUCUGUUGUGAAUGAAACGUUGCAUAAUCUUAGCAGGCUUGCAGCAUUCAAUCCUUCAUAUGGUAUGUAUGCCACUGGAGCGGUGAACUUUACAGACACUGAAACAAUAUACGCUCUCGUGCAGUGCACAAGAGACUUGUCUCCAUAUGACUGUAAUACAUGCCUUGAAAUAGCAAUAGCAAACACUUCAAGUUGUUGUUCCGAGUCUCGUGGCGCUAGACUUCUUAGUCCCAGUUGCUACUUAAGGUAUGAGUUCUAUGCUUUUUAUGAAGGCGCAACUUCUGAAAACCCGAGGAUAUUUGAAAAUUCCAAAGCAAGCAGGAGGGAUUGGACGAUUGUUGCAAUUGUAUCAGCAAUUCUAAUGGUAGUACUUUUGGGUUUUUGUGUCUGCUACUGUCUUGCCAUAAGGAAUCAAAGUAAGACAAGGGAAAGACAAGUUUCUGGCCGAGAAGAUCAAUUAUACAAUAUUGGGGACCCUAAUAACAUAGAUGUUCAACAUCAAAAUUUGCAAGCAAGGGACAACUUGAACUCUCAAAAUUUUCCAUUUUUUGAUUUGGUGACGCUAAGUGCAGCCACUGAUAACUUCUCUGAUUCAAAUAAGCUUGGACAAGGUGGUUUUGGUCCUGUUUAUAAGGGUCAACUACCUGAUGGUAAAGAAGUUGCUGUGAAGAGGCUCUCAAGUGUAUCUGAGCAAGGUUUAGAUGAAUUCACCAAUGAAGUUUUAUUAAUAUUGAAACUUCAACACAAAAAUCUUGUCAGACUUCUGGGCUUUUGCAUAGAUGGAGACGAAAAGUUGCUCAUCUACGAAUACAUGCCCAAUGGCAGCCUCGAUGUCUUCCUUUUUGAUCCUAGGAAGCGUGCGCAAAUGAACUGGAGCAGGCGUUUGAAUAUCAUUAAUGGAAUUGCAAGAGGAAUGCUAUAUCUUCAUGAGGAUUCUCGGCUUAGAAUCAUUCAUAGGGACUUGAAACCAAGCAAUGUGUUAUUGGACAGUGAAAUGAAUCCAAAGAUCUCAGACUUUGGAAUGGCAAGGAUCUUCGGAGGAAGUGAUGAUGCUACUAACACUGCUAAGAUCGUUGGAACAUAUGGUUACAUGGCUCCAGAGUUUGCUAUGGAAGGACUAUAUUCCGUCAAAUCUGAUGUUUUCAGCUUUGGUGUCCUUUUGAUUGAGAUCAUAACUGGGAGGAGGAAUGCUAGUUUCCAUCUUACUAAGUGCGCCCCUAGCCUUAUAGCAUAUGUAUGGAAAUUAUGGAAUGAAGGGAGAGGGAUGGAAUUGAUCGAUCCAUUACUGAUGGAGUCUUGUGAUAUUGACGAGUUCUUAAGAUAUAUGCAUAUUGGUUUAUUGUGUGUCCAAGAAGAUGCGUAUGAUAGGCCUACCAUGUCAUCGGUUGUGGUUAUGCUGAAAAGUGAAGCUGUUACUCUUAGUCAACCGGAACGACCUGCCUUCUCUGUUGGGAUAUUCAAAGAUCACUAUGAAACAAAUGAUAAAGAUUAUUCUAUUAAUGAAUUAACAAUUUCUGUUGUUAUGCCCCGGUGAUCGAUGCAGCUGAGUGGAUUAAUGGUUUCAAAGUGUAGUAGUGUAAUUAUCAUUAUGAGUUGUUAGGGAAAACUUUGAUAAACAUAAUAAAAAUUGCCCCAAUGGGAGUUGUUAUCUUGAGUC